GCGUUCACCAGUCCGUCGAGAUGCAGCUGUCACUCUCCGAUGGCGUAACCUGCGUCUCAUAAGUGCAACCCCGUGUCUGAAAUCAAAACCAAAAGGCUUGAAAGCGAUCCCUUUCUAUUGUUGCUUUCAGUCAUCUAGCGGUGAGCUUGUGACAACUCCUACCAGAACCCAAGUGCCUCCAUCUAACUGGCAAUAGUACCGCCUCUGUUAACUGGCUCGCUGUGCACCUACAAGGAUGGAAUUGUAACAACAAUCAGUUCUUUGUUGUACAGACCAAUUGACGAGUUGUGAGGAGUUCGAGCACCUGAAGAGCCCGGGCUCCCAUGAUCAAAGGGAGAUUCCUUGGCCUGAUGUCUUCAGUCGUGGCGCCAGCCCAAGAGUUCAACAGGAUGGAGACCAAGAAGGUGGAGCUGAUUCUGGUGAAGGAACAGAACGGCGUGCAGUUUACCAAUUCGACGCUUGUCAGCUCUCCCCAACCGACGGGUGAAGCAGUCGGUGAGACCCAGAUUAGGGAGACCUGGGCCAAGAAGAUCGAUUUCCUCCUCUCGGUUAUCGGCUUUGCCGUGGACUUGGCCAAUGUCUGGAGAUUUCCUUAUCUCUGUUACCGCAACGGCGGAGGAGCUUUCCUCGUUCCUUACUUGUUCUUCAUGUUCAUCGCUGGAAUGCCGCUGUUUUAUAUGGAAUUGGCGCUGGGACAGUUUAAUCGAGAAGGCGCUGCAGGAGUAUGGAAGAUUUGCCCCAUAUUUAAAGGUGUUGGCUUCACAGUUAUCUUGAUUGCACUCUAUGUCGGCUUCUAUUAUAAUGUAAUCAUCGCCUGGGCUCUCUAUUACCUUUUCUCAUCCUUUACAAUGGAGCUUCCUUGGAUCCACUGCAACAACAACUGGAACAGUCCCAAUUGUUCUGAGGUCACCAACUUUACCCAGCAGAACUCAUCCACAAAAUAUUAUGAGUAUAAAACCAACCCUGCAGCUGAAUAUUAUGAACGUGGAAUGCUUCACCUUCAUGAAAGUACGGGGAUCCAUGACAUUGGCAAGCCCAGGUGGCAGCUCACUUGUUGCUUAUUUGUGGUUAUUGUGAUCCUUUACUUCAGCCUGUGGAAGGGAGUUCGAACAUCUGGCAAGGUUGUCUGGAUUACUGCCACAAUGCCUUAUGUUGUUCUUACAAUUUUGCUGCUUCGUGGAAUUACUCUCCCUGGAGCAAUAGAUGGAAUCAAAGCAUACCUAAGUGUUGACUUCUUACGGCUUCGGAAGGCCUCGGUUUGGAUAGAUGCAGCCACACAGAUAUGUUUCUCUCUUGGAGUGGGUUUUGGUGUACUAAUAGCAUUUGCAAGCUAUAACAAAUUUAAUAACAAUUGCUACAGGGAUGCCAUCAUUACCAGUUCCGUCAAUUCUGUGACCAGUUUCUUUUCUGGCUUUGUUGUCUUCUCUUUCCUGGGCUACAUGUCAAAGCAACGUGGAGUGCCGCUGGAGGAUGUGGCCACUGGAGAAGCUGGAUUGGUAUUCAUCAUUUACCCAGAAGCAAUUGCCACUCUUCCUGGUUCUUCAGUCUGGUCGGUCAUCUUCUUCAUCAUGCUUCUGACACUUGGACUGGACAGUGCAAUGGGCGGCAUGGAAUCAGUCAUCACAGGAGUGAUUGAUGAAUUCAAAUUCUUGCGUAACCACAGAGAGAUCUUCACACUUUUCAUCAUCAUAAUGACAUUUCUGGUGUCUCUUUUCUGUGUAACUGAUGGUGGUAUCUACGUGUUCACCUUGCUUGACAAGUUUGCAGCAGAGACAUCCAUUUUGUUUGGAGUGCUUAUAGAAACUAUUGGGGUCUCCUGGUUUUAUGGAGUUGAUCGUUUCAGCAAUGACAUUGAAAAAAUGAUCGGUACAAGACCUGGCUUAUACUGGAGGCUUUGCUGGAAGUUUGUCAGUCCCUGUUUCCUUCUGUUUGUUGUGGUCAUCAGCAUUUCAACAUUUAAAGCCCCAGAAUAUGACAAUUACACCUUUCCAGACUGGGCCAAUGUAAUUGGAUGGUGUAUUGCUAUAUCUUCAAUGGCACUUGUACCCAUUUAUGCAGUGUACAAGUGUAUUAGUCUGCGUGGAUCUCUGCGUGAGAAAUUAGCCUUUGCAAUAACACCUGAGAAGGACCAUCACCUGGUGGAAGAUGGUGAAGCCCGCCAGUUCACUCUGCACCAUUGGCUCACCGUCUGAGUACGUAUAGCAGAGGCCAAGGAUAAAUGCUGAAAGGGGCAGAGUAAAAAUCUUCGCCCUUCAACCACUGAGUUAGAAUUCAAUAGCUCAGAAAGUUGUACUUAAACUGUGGUAUAUGUUCUGUAAGUGACGCUACAUGUACUGUGCCAAGGGAUAUUCUUCUAUUUCUUCGACACUGCUAACGGUGUCAGUCAAAAGAAAUUGCAAGUUAGAUCCAUUUUCCAUGGCCCAAAGGCUUUGAUUACCCCACUGUUGCAUUGAUAAUGUUAAUUACUAUAUUUAACUUACCCAGCACAAACUGAAUGCAAGAGUUGGAUUUCCCUGUAGUUCAUAUGUACACCUACUGGAAUUCCAGUUAUUUGAUCUUACAAGUAUAAGCUUUGCUAUCAGCCAACCCUCUUAGUAGCAUUCUUACAUUUGGGCAGAAGGUUGUGGGUUCUACUUCCAUUCUGUACUACAGCUAUCAUUCUUGAUGCUUUAUUUGUGCAUGGCUCUCUCUCACAUGAGAGAUUAAAUUGAGGCUCCGCUUGUCUGCUCAAGUGGAUUAAAUGCAAACCCACAGCACCAUUACAAGGCUGUCUCCAAAGGAUAAAUUAUUAGGAAGGAUGCCAAUCAAUCAUUAAACCAGACUAUCUGGUAAUUGCUCUGAGCAAAUUGGCAGCCACAUUAACACUAUGACCACACAUCAAAUAUACUUCAUUAGCUGAAAAAUACCUUGGAGUAUCAAAAAUUGUCAUGGAAGGUGCUAUAUAAAUGCAAGUUUUUGUUUUAAAUUUUCUGUUUUAUCAAUCUAAAUAUUGAAAUAUUGAGAUUCUACUGUCAUGAAAGACACAGAAACUGUUUUUGUCACAGGUGUCCAGAAUUCAUGACCAUCUUAACCAGGCAGCUAAUAUUUACACAUUAAAGCAGAAAAAGUGCAUCCUUAUUUACAUUUAGAAUUAUUUUGAUCAGCAUCAGCGUGCUGAAAAAGACUGUUAGCUUUAUAAAUAUACACUGUUUCAAUGUUUUUUACAUGCUGGUUCACAAGUUAUCACAAAUCAUAUUUAAUUCUUAGUUUCUUAAUUUGGAAACAUCAGACCAAAUUAUUAUAGCAAAAAGUAGUAUAUCCUUCAGUGAUAUUCUCUUUUUCUUAAGUGCAUUGGCAUUUGAGUGAUGGUCACCUUAGAAAAGUCAGCAUUUGUAAAUUUUAGUGCUCGAGGCUACAGCAAGGCAGGUGCCUUGAAAUCCAACAGCAUAACACUUCAUGUGUUUAAUGUUCUAAUCUGAUAACAAUCAUGUCCAUGUAAUUUUGUGUCACUCCGACAGCUGCAACCUUGAUGGAAUUUCCAUGUUGAGGCACAUGAAAUGCCAUUCCCCAUGCACUUUUGGAACUUGCAGGGGAACUUGAACCAGGUUGUCCUGCACACCCGACUGUGAGCACGACAGAACCAACGUGGUCUUACUAAUGCAGUGAAUCACUUAGUUUGGUUCUUAUAAACAAAACCCCACUGAAUCUGCCAGGACCAACUCACUACUCUUCUCUUUUCUCCUCCACAACUUUGUUCAUUUGCCACCUCCAACAUCCCAAUCACACCAUCAGCUGCUAUUCUUCUGUACCCAAAUACCAGCCCCCACUCCAGCCCAAUCAUGCCUGUACCCAUUCCUUUAUACCCAAACCUAACCUCAGGAAAGGAGGAUGCACAGACACACUUUCAGUUCCAAGAUGUGCAGUGACUAGUCUGUUGCACUCAAGGUCUAAAAUUUUUGGUGGGGGAUUAGCAUCCCACUGCUACACUCCUGCAGCAUCUUAACAGGUGUAUUAGGAUUGUAUCUCAUCAAAGUCUCAUAGAUUAUUGUAACCCAUUUCCUAUUACACAACUUUGUCAUGCAACUGAACAGAUGAAAGAGGUAUAUAUAUCUGAAUAUUGGUUUAAAAAGAGCAUACAAUCCCAGACUGAAGACAUUCCUGUUGAACUCAAAAACAUCCCAUUCAACUAAAGAUAUGCAAAUACCCACCAAAUGCAUACACAUUUUCCCAAUAAGCAAGCCACUCAUUGACCCUACCAUUGGCUAUCUACAGCAAGUAGCGUUCCCAAUUUAAUUCCCUGAUGAAUCUUCUUGCUGAUAUAUCUAAAGCAAAUUCACUAAAGGUGAACAAAACUUUGCUGUUCCUAAUGAAGUGCUUUCAGCAUUCCUAUCUUAAGGUGGUUGUGCAUGUCUGUUAAUGUGGAGAUGCUCCAGUACCACUCUGUUCAAGGUCUUUCAAAUAGUGGAGCCACAUCGGAUGUAGUGAUGUGCAACCCGUAGGGCAGCACUCUAAAUGCUUCACGAUCAUGUGCCCAACAUCCAACCGAGGAGAAGUUAACAAGACACAGCGAAGAGCAACUGAGCUGCAGGUUUAUCCAAGGACAAUUCUAAGAAUGAAAUUCAGCAGCAAACAAGUUUACCUCUUUUUGCUCAGUGUUAGUGUCUUAAUGAUAGUGCCCUCACAAGGAGACGGUUGAGUGACAUUGUGGAUUAUGAAUUAUGGAGAACUUUGGUUUAACUUGUGACUUGUACACAUAUCCAAUUAUUCUGUGCUGAAUAUUUUUCAGGUUUUACUCUGAUAUGUCAUGGACUUCAGUGUCUUGAUUACGUACAGUGUUUGCUGUCGGUUUUCCUUUUUUUUUGUUCUCGUAACCAAUUUAAACAUCUCAUUUAUCAAUUUGCAGUAAAUGAUGUCUUGUGAUACUCAAAAUCAACUUCAAAAUAAACAUUAAUGAUCUUG